AUGGCAGAGAAUAUCAUUCAAUAAAAAACUGAAGGUGACGAGAGGGCUAGUGUGUAUUUCGGAUAAGAAAUCGAUGGUGAUAAAAUAAUCUAUAAAAAUGUAAGAAAAGCAAAAAUUCCAAAUACAGCAGACAUUGCAUAUUGUGAGAUAAGAAUAACUGAAUUGUAAGCCGAACUUGAUGCUUAACGUGAGUAAGUGUUCAAGCUUGAGCAACAAUAAGAUUUAUAUGUAACAUAUGAAUAGACAAUCAAUUAAUUGCAAGAAAGAAAUCAAAUAUUGAAUGACGAAAACAAACAGUUGACUCUUUUGUUGCGUUCAAGGACGAAAGAGUUGGAUGUUGCAAAAUUUAAGAUUCUUGAAUAUGAGUCCAAUUUGGAGAGAUUGAGAGACAUAGAAUAGGAUUAUAAAAAUGCUUACGACUAAUUGCAAGUGAGAGAUAAAGAACUAAAAGAUUUAACUGAAAAGUAUGGACAAUUAGAAUUAAAGCAUUCAGAAUAGAAAGUACUUGAAUUAGAAAAUUUCGACUUUCAAAACAAGAUAACCAACCUCUAGAAUGAUUUGAAUGUAUAUAAAGAUAGGAACAUCAAAUUAGAGGCUGAGAGAAAGAGACUUGCAGAUCUGAAAUCUGAAUUAUCUACAACUUCUAAGAUUGAAGUCACAAAGAGUGAAAUCAACAUUUCAUAAGUUGCUACAAUAUAGCCUGCAUAAGAUUAUGCUAAAUUCAAAGCACAAUUAUAAGAAUAAUCUGACCUAUUGAACCAGAUGAAAAACGCUAUUCAAGAAAAAGAUCACAGACUGGGUUUACUUAAUCAUGAACUUAAUAAGUUACAAGAAACAUUAUCAAACAAAAAUGAAUAAUUAUCUUAAUUAGAAUCAUAACUAGACUAAUGUAAUGGUAAACUAAAGGAAUUAGAAGGCUUGGCUGAAUAAUAAAAAUCUAAACCUACAACGAUUAUUAAAACUGUUGAAAAAAUAGUCAAAGUUACUUCAACAGAUGCUGAUGAAGAAAAAGUCAGAUUGACAAAUGAAUUAGAGAGGGCGAACUUUGAGAUCGAAAGAUAUAAGUUUGAGUUAGCUUAAUUGCAACAAAAAUUAGAAACUCAGGAAAAGAUAAUAUCUGAUUUAUCCAGAGAUGUCAGAUAAAUAGUUUCAUUAAAUGAGGAAAUCGAAUUAUUAAAGAUUGACAAGUUAAAUUUGUUGAAUGCUUUGAACCAAAAGGAGUAGGAUUAAGAAUUUACUUUGAAUUUAUUAAAUUAAAAAACACUUGAACUUUAGAAUCUAGAUAAGAUUAAGUUCCAUUUGGCAUUUGCAGAAGAUCAGAUCUAAACAAAAUAAAGAGAGAUUAUCUCUUUGAAAAGAAGAGUUGGAGAUGUUGAAAAUUCGAAUAAUUAAUUAAAAUAAAUAUAACCUGAGUUAAGAUAGGCUAAGAAGCUGGUUGAAGAAUUGAAAUCUGAAAAUGAAAAUUAAGAUUAGUAAAUUAAGUAACUUAAAGCCAAUUUAAUGGAUGCUGAAGUUGUCAUCAAUUAAUUAAAGAAGUUAGAAUAAAGAAUAAAAGCAUUACAAAACACUAAUUCUUCAUUAAGAUAAGAGAUGACAUAAACACUUGCUGAAUCUGAAUAAUGGAGACAGAAAUACAAUUAAGGCUGUUCUGAAAUCACAAGAUUAUAGAGAUUAUUAGAAGUAAAUCAACAAAGAUAAUAAUUACUUAAUGAGCAAAAUAAAAAUUUCAAGAAUGAUUUUGAAGUGCCUGAUAUAAAAGUAGAUCCACUUCCAAUUCCCAAAAGAUUAACUAAAUAAAUUAUUUAAGAUGAGUCAUAAAUUACAAAAUUAAAGAAUAAUUUAGUAGCUGUAGAAUUACAACUAGAAUCUGUUUAUAGGAAUAAGAUACUUGAAUAAUAGAGCUAUUAAAGUUAGAUUGAUGAAAUCAAUUCUAAAUAUUAACUCAAAAAGGGGGAAAGUGAGUCUUGGAAGCAAAAAUACUUGAAAUCCGAAUAAGAAAAUGUUAAAUUAAUGAAUAUCAAUGAGAAAUACAAUGUUCUAUUGUUAAGAUAUGACUCUUAGGAAGUUAUUAUUUAAAGUCUAAAUGAGAAGUUGAAGUAAUUAAGUAUAGAAUUGGAAAAGAGUAGAGCUGAAGUAUUUAAUUUACAUUUGCAACUAAGUUAGUUGGAUGUAUUAAUUUAAGAGAGAGAUCAAUUCAAGCAGAGAGCAGAUGCUUAUUAUUAAGAAAUACAAAAUCAAUAUAAAUAAAUUCCACUCUUAAAAGCUUAAGUAUUAGAUUUAACAAGAUAAUUGAAACUGGCAGAAAUUCCUGUCAUUCGUAUUGCGUAGAAAACUGAUGCAAUUGAAAAACUGAGACAAUAAAAUAUUGAACUAGAAUCAAAGAUUGAUGAUACACUAGAGGAUUAAAUUGAUGAAUUACAAUAAACAAAUCAAGUCUUAAGAUAGGAAUUGACGAAAUAAAUUGAAAUUAAUACAUAAUUAAUUAAGGACUUAUCUAAUGCUGACAGAAAGAAGCAAGACAUACUUAUAGAAUUAUAGUUAUUGUAAGCCAUAGAAAUAGAUUAUUAAUAAUUAAAAAUUGCAUACUUAAAUAAAUAAAAAGAAAACGAUAAAAUUAAGAUGUAGAGUGAUUAAGUUGAAUUCAAACAAAGAGAUUUAGAAAAUGCUAUUCAUUCUUCAAAUUAAUUGGGAUUAGAAUAAAAGAAUGAAAUAGAGAAAUUGAGAGAGAGAACAAAUAAUUAAAAUAAUUAAGUAAAUGAAUUAUUAGUCAAACUCAACUCUUUAUAAUAGUUGAACAAUGAUUAUAAAUUUAAGUUAGAGAUGUUCCCUGAAUUACAAGAGAAAGUGAAUACAUAAGCCAAAUAGAUUGAUGAAUUAAAGAAGGCAUUACAAAGUUCAAAUGAAAUAAGAGAUGAAUUAACUGCCAAAUGCACCUUAUAAUCAGUCAAACUUUAAAGUUUAGGACCUCUGUAAUCAAAGAUUGAGAGUCUAUAAUUGAUUUUAGAUGAGAGAUAAAGAUAAUUAGAUUUAUGGUAAACUAAGGCUAUAGAAUUGGAGGAUAGCAAAUCAAAACUUAAUUAAGAAUGGAGAAAGAAAUUUGAUGCUAUUGAAGUUUAAUUGAAAAACCAAAAAGAAUUAGAGUAACUAUUAAAAUAACAAGAACAUGACAUUAAUGAUUUGAUUAGUUAGAAUAACAAAUUAAAUGUCUAAAAUAAGGAAUUAUCUGUUGCAAAUCAACUACUUAAUAAAGAUGUUGAUCAAAGAGAUAUAGAAAUCAAAAGAUUAUCAGCUAUUGAAACUGAUUUCAGGAAACUUAAUGAGAAUCUAUUAAUUGAAUUGUAGAGAAUUGCAGAUCUUACAGAUAAAUUACAAAUUGCAUAAAAUCAAUAUGAUGCUGCAAAGAGAGAUUAAGAGAGAUUAGAGAAUAAGUGUGCUAUGAUGUCAAGUGAAAUUGAGAGAUUAUCUGUUAUGGUUAAAAAUAAAAAUAUAGAAAUAUAAGGAAAUAAAGCUAUUUUACAUUAGAAUCAAUCACAAAUUGAUUAAGUUCAACCAGUAUUCGUAGAAAACAAGAGAUUAUUUGAUGAAUUGAAUAAUGUAUUAAAAUCAAAUGAAGAAUUGAAAAUACACUCUAUAUAAUUGCAAAAAUAAAUUGAUGAAUUGAAAUCAACUAUUAGUAAUGGCAGUAGUUAUGAAAACCAAUUAAAAGAUGAUUUAGAGUAAUUAGAAUAAGCAUUGAGACAUAAGGAGAAUGAAAUCAGUGAGAUCAAACAAUUAUUAAGACAAAGUGAGAAUUAAGUAAAAGAUAUUAAAAGAGAUGAUUAAUAAUGGAUAGACUAAUAGGCAGAAAAAGAGAAAUUAACAAAUCAAUUGAAUUACGUCAAUGAAUUAUUGAAUUCUAAAAAUGCUGAAAAUGAACAAUUAACUAAAUAAAAUCAUGUACUGUAAUCAAAAUUAUUGGAUAAUCAAAAAUUAGAUUUUGAACAUUUAGAAUUAGCGUUGAAUACAAGAGAUAAGGUAAUUGAAGAAUGGAAGGGCAAAUUCUAGAGAUUAUCUUAAGACUUACAGAAGGUUAUAGAAGAUAAAGUGGAACUGGAAAAUAGAUUUAGUACAGUAGAUUUGGAGAUUGAAAGAUGGAAAAGAAAAGCUAAUUCAAAUUCAGCUGAAAUUGAAAUGUUAAGAGUAACCAUUGAUUAAUUGAAUGAUGAAAUAGAGAGGUUAAAUAAGAAUACAUAAGAUCUACUAAAUGAAAAUGAUUCCUGGAGGCAUAAGUAUGGUAAUUUGUAAUAACUGAUACCUACUAUGGUACAUCAUUAACCAAAUCCAGAAACAUAAGCGUAUCAAGUUACUCCAGGUAACAGCUUUAGAAUUCCGCCAGGAACUGAUAGAAAUUAAGGUAGCUUUAGAAAUCAACCACCUCCUCUUGAUUCUAGGAGAUCUUUCAGAAGAGCCACCACUAUUGGUCUAACGAAACCUUGA